GCUCCGGAAUCAGCUGUCGACAAACCGCCGGUGGCGGCAGAGCAGAGGCAGUCGUAAAGGUGCUUCAUAUGAACAUAGAGGUCAGGUGUACUGAAGUUUCUCACACUUUACAGGCAGCAUGAACUCCCUCCCAGGAAGGGCCGCUUUGUGUCUGUGCCGACGCGCGGCGGCAGCGGGGGGAAUGAGGGUGCUGGCCGCCUCUCCGUGUCACCUCGCCGGCAGACUGCAGGCUGACAGGGCCGCCCUGCAGGCUGUGCGGGUCUGCCACUCAGAGGCGAACAAAAAAGGCAGUGUGUACACCAGGAAGAGGGGCUACGACAUCACCAGGAACCCCCACAUGAACAAGGGCAUGGCGUUUACUUUGGAGGAGCGCUUACAGCUGGGUAUUCACGGCCUGCUGCCCCCCUGCUUCCUCUCUCAGGACGUACAAGUGCUGCGGGUUGUGAAGAGCUACGAAACACGCACAAACCCCCUGGACAAGUACAUCCUGCUGAUGACGCUGCAGGACAGGAACGAGAAGCUGUUUUAUCGUGUGCUGACCUCUGACAUCGAGCAGUUCAUGCCCAUCGUCUACACUCCCACUGUUGGUCUGGCCUGUCAGCAGUACGGACUCGCCUUCAGGAGGCCGCGAGGUCUCUUUAUCACCAUCCAUGACCGAGGACACAUCGCCACCAUGCUAAACUCCUGGCCUGAAGAAAACAUCAAGGCCAUCGUGGUGACGGACGGGGAGCGUAUCCUCGGACUGGGCGACCUGGGCAGCUACGGGAUGGGAAUUCCCGUGGGGAAGCUGGCGCUCUACACGGCCUGCGGCGGGGUUCCUCCCCAGCAGUGUCUCCCUGUGCUGCUGGACGUCGGCACUGACAAUCAGGCGCUGCUUGAUGACCCUCUGUACAUCGGACUGAAGCACAAGAGAAUCAGAGGGAAGGAGUACGAUGAGCUCAUUGAUGAGUUUAUGCAGGCAGUGACGGACAAAUACGGGAUGAACUGCCUGAUACAGUUUGAAGAUUUUGCCAACAGCAAUGCCUUUCGUAUCCURAACAAGUACAGGAAUCGAUACUGUACUUUUAAUGACGACAUCCAAGGCACAGCGUCUGUAGCCGUUGCAGGAAUCUUUGCUGCUUUGAAGAUCACCAAGAACAAGCUGGCAGACCACACGUUUGUUUUCCAGGGAGCAGGCGAGGCAGCUCUGGGUAUCGCCCACCUCCUCAUGAUGGCCAUGGCCAAAGAGGGAAUAACCAGAGAAGAAGCUGCCAAGAGGAUUUGGAUGGUCGACUCAAAGGGUCUCAUUGUAAAGGGAAGAAGUCAUCUGAACCACGAGAAGGCGGAGUUUGCUCAUGAGCACCCACACCUGAAGACUCUGGAGGAGGUGGUGCACGUCAUCAAACCCACCGCCAUUAUAG